GCUCAGUAUGCAUUGGGUGCAAUUCUUAAAUAAACUUACUUCCAACAAACCCGAUCCACCUGGCAUAUUUAAUGAGGUUGUAUUUGAAGUACGAAGCUGCAAGGAGUAUCACUGUGAUCGUGACACAUAUUAUUCCAAACACGACACAUAUAAAUAUGGCGCUGCAAAAUCUCCAAUGAAGAGCUCAUGACGCACCUCAAAAAGUUUUUAGGGAUUUUGAACAAUUUUCAAACUUGUGCAAUAUUUUACAAUUUGUAAUGAUAACCAGUUUAGAACACUCUUUAAUAUGUCAUCAAGAGCACUAAGAAAACUUCAGAGAAGCAAUGAUGUAGUUGUUCCUGAACUGCAUGAUCUUGAGUUGAGUGAAGAAGAAGAAAUUGUUCCAGUGAGAAAAUCUAAAAAGAAGAAAACGUCAGCUGUGAAUCCAUUCGCUCUGUUAAAAGAUGAUGAGGAACAAGAUGGCGAAGAAGAAGAGGUUAACAUUACAAAUGGAGAACAGAAUGAACAUGCCCUGAAUGAUGAUACAAAACCUAUUCAAAAUGACAGUGCAAAAUCAAGAAAAAAGAAGAAGAAAAAGAAACGUAAUAAAGAAAAGAAUGACACUGCUGUUUCAAGCAAGGAGGAUGUGAUUGAUGAGGUUGAAGCCAGUGUAAGAGAGGUGAAUGCAAUACUUGGUGAACUGCCCCCUGGUACCACUGCCUCUGACCUGGUGUUUAACAGUGAUAGCACAACAACCAUGGACAUGAGGGCACUGCUCUAUGUUGAACACAAACACCUUAAUCCAGACACAGAGAUGAGACGUAUAUUUGGCUCACGCGUUGUUCAGAACGAGGUUCAGAAUAGACGUCGUGGAAGACACCGUGUUUACCACAGACAGACUUGGCUUACUCAGCCCAAGGAAAGCUGGCCUCAAAUGACAAAACUUGGCUUGAGCAUGCGGCUACUAGAAAGCAGACAAGGAGUGAACUAUUUCUGUUUUGAGCACAGUUCAUCAUAUCAGCAAAUACAGUUCCAGUUCCUUGAUGCUGUAGAGUCUUUUAACCCUGAAAAUAUUGUGGCAGUACUUAAUUUACAUCCCUACCACAUAGAUGCUCUUAUACAACUAAGUGAGGUUUGCAAGAUGAGUGAUGACACUGCUAUGGCAACAGAGCUUAUAGAGAGGAGUUUGUACUCGUUUGAGUGUAACUUCCACACGCUGUUUAGUCUUACUCAGGGCACAGCAAGACUGGAUUACAGAAGACCUGAGAAUAGAGCAUUCUUUGUUGCACUGUUUAGACAUCUUGUUUUUGUGGGACAGAAAGGUUGCUAUAGAACGGCUCUAGAAUUUGGAAAACUUAUUCUUAGUUUUGAUCCUGAUAAUGAUCCUCUAUGUGUACUCCUGAUGAUUGAUUUCUACGCCCUAAGAUCAGAACAAUACAACUUUAUCAUACGCAUGUACAGAGAAUGGGAGGCUCACAGAAACCUUACUCAGCUGCCAAACUUUGCAUUUUCAAUCCCACUAGCAAUGUUUCACAAUUUACAAACAAGUGAUGAUGAUGUCACAACAGAGGCUGAUGAAAUGCUUCAAAAUGCUUUACUAAUGUUCCCUGGAAUGUUGCUCCCUCUAUUGGACAAAUGCAGCAUUAAACCCGAUCCUGAUGUUGAGAAACAUAAAUUCUUCAGUACAGCUUCACAAAACAGUCAGCCAGUGGCCCUGAGGCAGCUCAUAGAGCUUUACAUUGGUAGAUGCCACUCUUGUUGGAAACAGCCUGAAGUUGUCGUCUGGUUAGAGAGUAAUGUGCGUGAAGUCAUUACCAGAGUGAAUGCAAAGGACCCCUUAGUAGAAACAUAUAAGAAACAGUGCGCAGGUAGAUACAAAGGGACACCUCGGAAUAUAUAUCGUCACAUACUUAUGUCUGAAAUAAAAGAUGCCACUGCUGCAUUGCCUCCAGAGCUGUCAGCAAGCCCAGUGAUGAGCUAUGACCCCCUACCCCCCAAGGACUCCAUAGUGUCCUACACUAGGCCUGAAAGACCUCGGAGAAUCAACCAAGAUUCUAGCAAUCCUCUCUCCAUGUUCUUUCGAUCUCUCCUGCCAAACUUUAACCCUGAUGAACCUUUGGGUGAUGAAGAGCCUCAGGGAGCAGAAGGGGGUCAGGAAUUACGCCAGGGGAUAGGCGCCUUAAUGCAUGCAAUGCGAGACCUGCUCAAUAAUAUCCAACCUGUGCCCCCGCCACGGGAAGAUGGAGGUGGGCAGGGGGAGGGAGUUGAUCAACAAGAAUGGCAGGAUGAUGAAAUUAAUGAAAUGGACUAGAAGGGAGGAAGUGUGAUAGAUGGAUGUGUCAUAUUUCAUGUACAUUACAUAUUAUGCAGUUGGUGAAUUUUAAAACUAUAGUCAUUUAUUUAUAUCACAGAAAUCACUGUUUGAAAUAUUUUGUGCCUAUAAUAAAAAAUGAUACCAAA